UCCUAUCAAUCCAAUUGUUGUUUUUGCAUUGUAGCCUACAUACAAAGAUGGGUUUGAGCAACACACCACUAGCUCUUCUUUGUCUCUUUGGCUUAACCCUACUCCAUCUCUCCUUUGCCCAAAACACCCAACAAGACUACCUCAAAGCCCACAAUGACGCCCGUGCAGCUGUGGGGGUUGGUCCUCUGAAAUGGGAUGACAAGGUGGCUGGAUAUGCACGAGACUAUGCCAAUAAACGUAUUGGUGACUGCAAGCUUGUGCACUCCGGCGGGCCCUAUGGUGAAAACAUAGCAUGGGGCAGUGCCGACCUUUCCGGCACGGCGGCAGUGAAGCUGUGGGUGGACGAGAAGAAGAGCUAUAACUACAACUCUAACUCCUGUGCUGCGGGUGCCGUGUGCGGGCACUACACUCAGGUGGUGUGGCGCAACUCUGUUCGUCUAGGAUGCGCUAAGGUUCGGUGCAACAGUGGCGGCACAUUCAUUAUCUGCAACUAUGAUCCCCCGGGCAACUAUGUUGGGCAGAAGCCUUAUUAGGACCUACCCGCUCAACCACUUAAUAAGCACCUAUUACGUACGUAUUUAAGCGCAUGUUUAAUUACGAUAAAUAAGCAGUCCAUCUUUAGUUGGAUGUAAUAAAAUUCUUCUUCUUUGUGAGAUGCGAUGUGUAAGGGAACAAUAAACAUCUUCGAAAAAGAAUGCAUUUUGGUACUUAUAUGGCCUUGAUGAAUGAAUGAAUCAAUUGAAGUAUGUGAUUUUGAAUGAA